AUGAGCGCCAACACUCCCCGCACGUCUUUGCGCCAGGGCUUGCGGCAAGCUCCUAAAGCAAACCAGCCCUUUAUACCAGAUACUGCCCCUGUCAGGCGGUCCCAUAUGAAUGCGAAUCAGUCACCACAGCCGCCGUCAAGUCAAGCACAUUCGACCACCCCAAUCAACCCGAACAGCCCUCAGCCUAGCAUUGACAAUUGGGAAGGAAAAGAGCCGCGACAAGCUCCCAUGUCCACGCGUGAGGUAGCAACGCCGGGCAACAGACCCGGCUUGUUUGCCAGCGUACAUGAAGUAGGAAAGAUGGCCAAACAACCCGACUUCUACGAUCCGUACUUUCCCCUCCGAUACCUAGAGGUUCCCAAAUCGGAUCACAUAUACAAACGGGCACACUACGGUCUCCAGUCGGGGAUAUCAGACGAAGUCGAUUUUGCGCUAUACCAUCUCGUUCAAAUAUCCAACCAGCGUUGGGACAAAUUCAAAUUUGAGGGGUUCCCACUGCUUGCGGAAACGUUGAUGGAAAAGGCAAUCGAUGUCUCGGUUAUCUGCACCGGAGUAAAGUGGGAAUUGCAGUAUGACUUUCGGCAACCCACUGAUCGUGUUAAUGUUUUGAAUUCACUGCAUGGUACGCGGGAUAUUCUGGAAAAAAUCAAGAAUAUCCCUGUCACAUUGCCUAGUGACACGCUUGAAACAUACGAAUUCAACCACCGUCUGCGUAACGUCAAGGAAGCCACGCUAGUCCUCAGAAACAUGGUCCUCCUGAAGGAGAACGCAUUUUACGUCUCGCGCUAUGCGAAAGGACUACUCAGGGACUUCUUGGUAAUCCUCAUCAACCUUCCCAACCAGCCCCGGCUCAACGAGAUCAAGAACGAUGCCUUGGACAUUGCGGAAGAGGUAACCAAGUUUAUGAGAACGGACCCUGAGGAUCCGCUCUGGAUCUCCCUUGUUCACUGCCUGGAAUCCUCGGACCGUGCUCACGUUGUUCGCGCACUUUGGGCCCUGACUCAUUUCUCUACCGAGCUGGAUGAACCAGAAGCAAACCGAGCCCUGGAGCGUAUAUCGAAACCCACACUGCAACAACUCUACUUCCACACGCUACUCGACGCGGACCGAGAUAUCCUGAGUGGCGCACUUGAUUUCUGGUACCAGUAUACACUUUCGCGCGAGAACAUUGAGCGUAUGAUGGAUGUCUUCAAUCUCUCCGUUAUUUUCGUGCCGCGGAUGAUCGCGCUCUUAACGCACGACGGCCGACCUAGCAAGAAGGAAACCGUUCUACAAGAAGAAAAGGUAGCCCCGCCACCAACGGAAAUCCCUCGAGUGCCUCCUGAGCUUCUGAAAGACUUGAUGGAGCUAUCAGAGCCGGAGCGUAGUUCUCGUUGGCUGCGUUGUUGCUUUGUUGAGGACGCGGACUGUGAGAUCACUCAGAUCGCGUUGUGGCAAGCCUACCAAAGCCGAUUUGCAGACCCUCGUGUCCCCGGCGGUGGUGUUCUUCCAGCAGCUGAAUUCAUCAAGAACGUCAGCACGACCUUCACCAACGCCCAGGCUCAGGUCAUCAAUGGCCCCGGCGCCACAACCAGGUUCAUCAUCAAAGGCAUUCGCCCCCUGGAAACUGCCUACACCUUCCAGGGAUUUCCCUAUAUUUACUGCAAAUGGGCGGACGCUUCGAAGCAAAUGAAACAUUGCCAACGCGCCUUUGCCAGCCCUACAGACCUGCGCAACCACAUCUUCGGAGACCACAUGAAUCUCAAGCCGGCCGACACACCCGGUCAUUUCAAUCUGGACAAGGCUGAGUCCGCGACCCAUACCUGUCUCUGGGAUAACUGCACGAAAUUUCGCUCGUCCGGUCCCAGCGAUAACACUGCUAUGGUUGCAGGCCACGUUUCGUCACAUCUGCCUGAGGAGCGACCCACAGACGCCGAAGCACCAAUUUCCAAGCGUGCUGUGCUCCAGGAGCGUAUCGUGCGCAAAUGGUUCUACGUGGAUACGCCAGUGAACGAACGCGGCGAGCCCAUCGGGGUGGCCUACAAAGCGGCUCUCGUAUUGCGCAAUCUCGCAAGAAACCUCCCAAGUGGCAUCGCUCCCGAAUACAACGGGCUUCCAUGGAAGAAGGCCGUAUUCCUCAGCAACCGUCCCAAGAUUGUCGAGAUAUGGGAUCGUAAUCGAUCAUUACGCAAGGAACUCACUGAACUGAUCAUGAUCAUAGAGAGAGAGGAUUACUAUUAA